CCCCGUCGCUGGCCGUCGCUGCCCAACCUUCGAACUGCCCAACCUCUCGACGAAGCCAACUGUCGUCCCUAGCAACCCCGAAGACUAGCCUCGUCCCCUGCAACCCCCGUCGAAGGCAUCCUGCCAACCCUCCGUCGAACGCCAGACUCCUCCACGCCAGCCCCCGUCAAAGGCGACCUUAAUCGCUGCACAUACAAGGUCCGAAUCCUCCUCCCCCUCUGAGUCGAAAAUGGUGCGAACUCCUCUUGCAACCAUGGCCGAAAGGGCACUUGAACUCCAGAUCCCAUUGAGCAAGCAUUUCCCUGCGCAGUACUCUAUGUGCUCGGAUGUCAAACAUGUUUCCAAGUACGUGAAGGACAUGCUUUCCAAACAACAAAUGGCACAGUUUCGGAAGACACCAUGGGGUCAUUUUGCUGACAUACCUGAUAUUCAGUUUUGUGCCCAAAUCGUGCACAUGUUGUUGUUACGUAUGGUCAAGCAACAACCCAAAGAUGAGCUCUGGUUCAACAUAGUGGGCAAAAUAGAAGAAUUCACAUACAACGAUUUCUGCCGCAUCACGGGCUUACCUCCGGCAGCCCCCAGGCCCGCCGUUGCCGAAGAUACUGAAAAAGAUGAUGAAGACGCUGAAGAUGAGGAAGAACCUGGGGAGAUUUCGAAGACCUACUUUGGUGGAUCACUGGAUAUCACUUUCCAGAUGAUGAAGGACAAGGUUGAUGAAGUACGGGGAGGUAAAAAAAAGGAAAGGUGACCUACCAGUGAAGCUUGCAUCCCUCUUUGUAGUUGAGAAUGUACUGUUGGGAAAAGAUAGGACAACUCGGAUCAGCCGGAAGUCUAUUCAGCUUGUGAAUGACUUUGAAGAGUUCAAGAAGGAGCCCUGGUCGAGAGAUGCAUAUGAUUUGCUUGUCACACAUGUCAAACGUCUUCUUGAUGGGCAUCCAAUGAAGUUUGUUGACAGUAAAACUAACAACCCUGAGUACAAAAAUGCCAAGUUUUCCAUCUACGGGUUCAUAUUGGUCUUACAGGUGUGGGCAUAUGAAAGAAUUCCAAAAUUUGGGGAACACUUUGGCACACGUGUUGGGAAUGAUGAAGUCCCAAUACUAAAUUGGACAUGUCAUGGCAAAUUCCGGUCAUCUAAGAUACGGAAACUUGUCUUUGCUGAUGAGGUGCCUACACCCCCUAAUUUUGAUGAUGAAGACGAAGGUGAACAUGACAAUAUUGAACUUGAAACAAGGGAAAAGGUUCAAGAAAUGUGUUCAAAUAUUGAUGAGAUAAAAAUCAGUGUUCAAAGGUUGGAAAAAAAAGUGGACGAGGAGCUUGGUGAACUGAAAAACUUACUGGUUAAGGUUAUUGAUACAGUCAACAAGGCUUUACAGGAAAAGGGGAAUCCAUCUGGCCCAAGUCAGCACGGAGAAGAAACAGAAGUUUGUGCAACACCUGUUGAAGUUCAAAGGAUGUCUACUCAUGGUGUUGAGAAUGCAGGGACCGCGGCUGAAGGGGAGAAUUCUUGUCCUGUUCUUCCUGAAGAUCAGAAUAUGUAUACUGACCGUAUUGUGCAUGUCGCAACUGAGGCUGAAGAAGAGAAAUCCAAUGCUGUUGUUGGUCAACUACAACGUGGACUGCAAACUGAUCCUGUAAUGAAUGUUGUUGCCGAGGUGGGAGAUGACUUUGCUUUGACACCUCACGCUCCUUUAGCAAACUUGGAUUGGGACCUUGGUGAUGAAGUUGCAACCGGCGGUGUAGACAUGAUGGCCCUCGAAGAGGCUAGUAUGAAAGAAGUGAGAAAGAGAAAGAGGUUGCCAUCGAAGUACAUUUGCAGCCCAUUCAUAGCUCCCGCCGCAAAGAGGCCUAAGGUUGGAGGCACCAUAACCCGAGCGCAACUACAACAAAGUGACGAAGAAUGUCAAUCCUUCAAGGCAUGGGUGGAGGAAGAUGAUGAGGUAGAACCGUGCGUAAUUGAGAUAGCUAUCCCAUCAUCUUACCCGACAAAUAGGGCCUUCUUCCGAGAACUGAUUGAUGAAACCGGAUGGCUAAGCAGCCAG